UUGAAACCGGAAGUGACUCUCCUAAGCUGCUCCGCUAAUGCUAAUGGCCCCGGAACGUUAAAGAAGCUCUCCGAAUAUGGCUGGCGUGUUUGAGGUGGAGGUUGACGGUGUGGAGCACGACCACGGGCUGGACAAUCAUAACCAACCGAACCAGUUUGAUGUGUCCAAGCUUUCACCAGAAGAGAAAUGGAGAGUGGAGCAUGCAAAAAUGCAUGCCAAACACAAAGGUCAUGAAGCCAUGCACGCAGAAAUGGUGCUGAUCCUCAUCGUCACCCUGGUCGUCGCCCAGCUGGUACUGGUGCAGUGGAAACAGAGACACCCAAAGUCGUACAACCUGGUGACACUGUUUCAGAUGUGGGUAGUUCCGCUCUACUUCACUACCAAACUCCACUGGUGGAGGUUUCUGUCCACGUGGUUCAUCUUCUCCGUCAUCACAGCGUACAUCUCCUUCCGUGCCACUCGCAAACCACUGGCCUGCACCACACCGAGGUUGGUGUAUAAGUGGUUCCUCCUCCUGUACAAGAUCAGCUAUGCCAUAGGAAUAUUUGGCUACAGCGUUGUCAUGUUUACACUUUUUGGUAUAAACCUUAUAUUCAGGAUAAAACCAGAGGAUGCUAUGGACUUUGGCGUUUCGCUGCUGUUCUAUGGGCUGUACUACGGGGUCCUUGGUAGAGACUUUGCCGAGAUGUGUGCAGACUUCAUGGCUUCAACUGUUGGCUAUUACAGUGCAUCGGGGAUGCCGACCAAGCACCUCUCGGACAACAUCUGCGCCGUGUGCGGUCAGCCCAUUCUCGUAGACGUCAGUGAGGAAGGAAUAAUCGAGAACACCUACAGAUUAUCCUGCAAUCACGUCUUCCAUGAGUUCUGCAUAAGAGGCUGGUGCAUCGUGGGGAAGAAGCAGAUGUGUCCGUACUGCAAAGAGAAGGUGGAUCUGAAGAGGAUGUUCAGCAAUCCCUGGGAGAGGCCACAUGUCAUGUAUGGACAACUUUUAGACUGGCUUCGAUACCUGGUAGCCUGGCAACCCGUCAUCAUCGGGUUUGUCCAAGGUAUCAACUACGUCCUGGGUCUGGAGUGAUCCCGGACUAAAGACCUCAAUGGACUGAGAAGAUAUGCACUGGCUCCAAAAAGACUGUGGGCCUAACAUUAAACUAAAACACCAACAAAAGUGUCUCUACUUUUUGUAAAUAUUUCUAGGCGCAUAUCUGUAUUUACGGUUUAUUUGAAUUUUAUUAGUGUUCUCUCUCCGGAGGUCUUGUUAAUUUCCUGGGAUUUGUUUCACACCCAUGUGAUUUGUUAUUUGGUUGAACUAGUAAAUUGGUUUGAAAAAGGUGCUUUUUUACUGAUUCGUCUUAAAUAUUUGAAGGUAUCGUGCUCGAACCAUGUUUAUGUCUGAAAGUUGUGAGUCAGACUUUUUUUUUUUUUUGCUGCAGAAAACGUCAAUUCGUUACUUCCUCAAAUUGACACAUUUUCUUCUUUCAGUGUAAUCACUCAUCUCGCUGCUUCACAUUUGUCGACGUAUUUUUAGCACCAAGUUGCGUAGGUUUCUUAAAGCUGAUGUCAUACGUCUUCUGACUGGAAGCAUCCAGUCAAUGGGGAAAACCUUUUAAUCAUACAAAACCUAGAAUUUUAUGAAACUUUCUGAUUAUCAUGACAUAAAGGUUACUUUCAGGGUAUUUUUAGCAAUAUCCUUAUUUUAACAUUUUGUAGCUCUGGAGCAAUAGAGGUUAUUUAGUUGGUCUCAUCAUUAUAAGACCAAGGGAAACUUUUUUUCCAAAGCUAUGGUACUCAAAGGCAUCAAUUAAGAAACGAAACAUAAUGAUCUUGGUCAAACUGGCCCGAUCAGGGUCUCCUCUUUUAAUGUACAAUAUUAAAUAUGUAUAAAAAAGCAAA